AUGGUUUCUCUUAAGCUCCUCUACCUCGCCGGCAUCGCCGUCUCCACCACCGGGGCGACCGCCCAGACCAGCACGGGUCUUCGGUAUAUGCCCUUUGGCGACUCUAUUACUGAGAUCGUCUGCUGGCGCGCCAAGCUGUGGGAGAAGCUGCAGGAUACCGAGUGGGCAACAGUGGAUUGGGUUGGCUCUGGCACGACGGAAAAUAACUGCCAGGACACCAAGUACGACCGCGACAACGAAGGACACUCGGGCUUCUUGGCCAUCGACAUUGCCAACAAAAAGCAGCUUGUGGGAUGGCUGGAGAAGAAUCCAGCCGAUGUCAUCACCAUGCACUUGGGCACGAACGACAUUGCCCAGCAGAAUAAGCCCGUGAACGACAUCAUUGCCGCCUUCACCACCUUGCUUGAAGUGAUGAGAACCAGCAACCCCCGAAUGAAGAUUGUCGUCGCCCAGAUCAUUCCCAUGGGCCUGGGCAACUUCAACACCCAAAUUGAAGCUCUCAACAAGGCUAUUAUUCCUUGGGCAACGGAAAAGAAUAGCACCGAGUCUCCCAUUUGGGUCGUCGACCAGUACACUGGUUUCAGUAGCACCGACCUUCGCGAUGGUGUACAUCCCAAUGCUUCGGGCGACGAUAAGAUGGUCGAGGUUUGGUAUCCUGCUCUUGUCCAUGCUUUCGAAGUGGCCGCGGCAGACAAGGCCGCGGUGGUGGCGAGGCAGUUUGUUGCGUAG